AUGCUUACGCGAUUCCUUAUCCGUUUCAUGCAGAAGCUAACUCAGGCAGUCAGCCAGAGGGAGGUUGGUCCAGGCCUUCACGUGGCAUAUCAGUGGUGCAAGAUACUGGAUCAUUUCGACGAGAUUCUGCAGCAGCGGACGAGAGACGAAAAAUUCCUCGUCAUGGGAACACCACAGUACCGUCGAGAGCAUGUUCUGGCGCAGAUACUCAAAGACUGUGGUACGUAUUUCGCCAAAGUAGAACGUGGUGAAAUUGCUCGAGAGGAAGAGGAGGACAACUUGGACCAACAUGGGCCUGUCGCAGAGGACACAGGUCUCCCGCCAGAGAUUGAUGCGGAAAUAGUCGCUGUGGGUGCGCUGAUUGCUGACGGCGUUCGAAUUGGUCUGGCCAACGAGUGUCAGAGCGUCGCAGAUGGGAAGCGUCAGCUGAUGGAUACUGAGGAACCACCCGUUCAGAGGGAGAGUGCGCGCGAAAUAUUGCGUGGAAUGAGGGAGACGCAGCAGAGGGCAGCAAAGGAGGCCAUCCAGCAGAGGAGGGAGAAGGAGAUGAUAGAGGAUCAGAUGAUGGAGGAGGAGCUUGCAACUGCUUUACAGGCAGUGCAUCUCCCCGUCGAGAAUGAUCAACAGGAUCAGUGUCAGGGUUUGGAAGACGGGCAGGGGAGUCUGAAUGUCGUAGGCGAAUUGGAGGAAGAGGUGCAGAGGUUGGAACUGGAGACUAGGGUCGUGUAUCAGAGACGGGAGGCACGAACAAAGAAGUGGUAUGAUCUGGGUCGGGAGGAGCGUUCUCGGGAGGAGGAAUAUCUGGAGAGGGAGGAAGAGAGUAAGCUGGAGCGCGAAAAGGAGGAGAAGCGGCAGGAGGAAGAGCGGCAGAGGGAGGAUGAGAGGAAGGCGUUGCGCGAAAAGCUGGAGAAGCGGCAGAGGGAGGAGGAAGAGCGGAAGGAGGAGGAGAAGGUGGAGCGCGAAAAGGAGGAGAAGCGGCAGCGCGAGGAGGAAGAGCAGAAGAGGGAGGAGGAAAAAAAGGUGGAGCUCGAAAAGGAGGUAAAGCGGCAGAGGGAGGAGGAAGCGCGGAAGAGGGAGGAGGAACAGGUUGAGCGCGAAAAAGAGGAGAAGCGGCAGAGGGAGGAGGAAGAGCGGCAGAGGGAGGAUGAGAGAAAGGCGGAGCGCGAAAAGGAUGAGAAGCGGCAGAGGGAGGAGGAUGAGCGGAAGGAGGAAAAGAAGGUGGAGCGCGAAAAGGAGGAGAAGCGGCAGCGCGAGGAGGAAGAGCAAAAGAGGGAGGAGGAAAAAAAGGGGGAGCGCGAAAAGGAGAAGCGGCAGAGGGAGGAGGACGCGCGGGAGAGGGAGGAGGAACAGGUUGAGCGCGAAAAAGAGGAGAAGCGGCAGAGGGAGGAGGAAGAGCGGCAUAGGGAGGAUGAGAGAAAGGCAGAACGCAAAAAGGAGGAGAAUCGGCAAAGGGAGGAGGAAGCGCGGAAGAGGGAGGAGGAACAGGGUGAGCUCGAAAAUGAGGAGAAGCGGCAGAGGGAGGAGGAAGCGCGGAAGAGGGAGGAUGAUAGAAAGGCGGAGCUUGAAAAUGAGGAGAAGUGGCAGAGGGAGGAGGAAGCGUGGAAGAGGGAGGAUGAUAGAAAGGCGGAGCUUGAAAAGGAGGAGAAGCGACAGCAGGAGGAGAAAGCGCGGAAGAGGGAGGAGGAACAGGGUGAGCUCGAAAAAGAGGAGAAGCGGCAGAGGGAGGAGGAAGCGCGGAAGAGGGAGGAUGAGAGAAAGGCGGAGCUUGAAAAGGAGGAGAAGCGGCAGAGGGAGGAGAAAGCGCGGAAGAGGGAGGAAGAACAGACGCGGAGGAGGGAGGAGGAACAGGUUGAGCGCGAAAAAGAGAAGUGGCAGAGGGAGGAUGAAGAGCGGCAGAGGGAGGAUGAGAGAAAGGCGGAGCGCGAAAAGGAGGAGAAGCGGCAGAGGGAGGAGGAAGCGCGGAAGAGGGAGGAGGAACAGGGUGAGCUCGAAAAUGAGGAGAAGCGGCAGAGGGAGGAGGAAACGCGGAAGAGGGAGGAUGAUAGAAAGGCGGAGCUUGAAAAGGAGGAGAAGCGGCAGAAGGAGGAGGAAGCGUGGAAGAGGGAGGAGGAACAGGUUGAGCGCGAAAAGGAGGAGAAGCGACAGCGCGAGGAGGAAGAGCAGAUGAGGGAGGAGGAAAAGAAGGAGGAGCGUGAAAAGGAUGAGAAGCGGCAGAGGGAAGAGAGAGUGCGGAAGAAGGAGGAUGAGAGAAGGGCGGAGCUCGGAAAGGUGGAGAAGCGGCAGAGGGAGGAGGAAGCGCGGAAGAGGGAGGAGGAACAGGUUGAGCGCGAAAUGGAGGAGAAGCGGCAGCGCGAGGAGGAAGCGCAGAAGAGGGAGAAGGAAAAGAAGGUGGAGCGCGAAAAGGAGGAGAAGCGGCAGAGGGAGGAGAAUGCGCGGAGGAGGGAGGAGGAACAGGUUGAGCGCGAAAAAGAGGAGAAGCGGCAGAGGGAGGAGGAAGAGCGAAAAAGGGGGGAGGAAAAAUAG